GCAAACAAUGCGGGAAAUCUCUCGGUGACUGAACAGGAUUUUUUGCUAACAGCGAUAAGAAGUCGGGCGCCUUCAGUCUGAGCUGUGACCGUGAACGCUGCUAUAUCAUCCUCCACCUGCACGGAGCUGUUUCGGAGGCUUCACUGUGAGAGGAAGGCACAGCACGGUGCGCGUCAGGGCGCAGCAGUCAACAAGUGGCUCUGGAUCGGGGUAGUGCGGGGAGGAGUGUGGAAGCUUGAAGUCACUGAAUGGAAAGUUCGCUCUGACACAAACUUUUUAAUUUUUUUUUACCCGUGGGGUAUAACUUUUAUUUUUGAGUCACUGGGAGGUGAAGACUUCUCUGAGGGUUUAAGAGUUUGUUGUCGCCAUGUGUCCACCGCUGCUUCUCCAGAUGUGGAUGGUUUUAUUGUUAGGGGCUUUAACCGGGGUCGCGAGGGCUCAGGUCUCCACGGUCAAAGUGAUAAGAGGCAACAUGAGGAGAGACGACUUGUACCGCAAAGAGGAAAACAUCACAGUAACACCAGUGGGUGGAGCCAUCCACAGCCCACGCUACCCUAACGCUUAUCCCCGCAACCUGCUGUUGUCAUGGAAACUGCUGUCACCGCCAGGGAGCCGCAUUCACCUGGAGUUUGACGGACACUUCGGCCUGGAGGAGGCUGAGAAUGGAGUGUGCAGGUAUGACUUUGUUGAAGUGGAGGACCAAUCAGAGACAAGCACUAUAAUUUGGGGUCGCUGGUGUGGGCAGAAAACUCCGCCUCGCCUCAACUCCAAAACCAACAUGCUCAGAGUCACCUUCAAGUCUGAUGAUUACUUUGUUGCAAAGCCGGGAUUCAAAGUCUACUACUCCCUGCAGCACGAUGCUCCUCUACCUGCAGCCAACACCAACUGGGAGGUUGUCACUAUGCUCAUGUCGGACAGCGGUGGAGGGCAGAUGAUGCCCGUCACGGUCACAGAGGUUCCUUUCUCACUGGAGGAUCUGGACCGGACCAUAGCUGCCUUCGACACGGUGGAGCAGCUGCUCAGGUCCCUGAACCCAGACACCUGGAGACAGGACCUGGACAGCAUCUACACUCAGACACACAUACAUUAUAUAUCCAGGGCCUAUCAUCUGGCAAGCAGACAUAAUAAAGUUGAUCUGAACCGUCUAUAUGAUGAUGUCAAGCGCUACAGCUGUACCCCACGCAACUACUCUGUAAACCUGCGCGAGGAGCUGAGGGCCACCAACGCCGUCUUCUUCCCUCGAUGUCUGCUGGUCAAACGCUGCGGAGGCAACUGCGGCUGCGGAACUAACAACUGGAACAACGGCUGCACCUGUCAGGCCUCCAAGACGGUGCCCAAACUACACGAGGUGCUGAAAUACGCCCCAGAGGUCACUUUGCCUCAACGCCAUCGGCGGCCACGGGUGCGUUGGAUCAUAGACGAGAUCUUCCUCUCACACCAUGAAACGUGCGAGUGUGCGUGUCCCUCCCAGCCUCCUCGCUGAGACACUCCAGACAGGCACAUGCGUCUGGAACUGUUGGACGAGUUCUUUCUGUAUCUCUUUUUGCAACGGACUUCAUGUAACAACAGCAACGCAGACACGCGGUCAAGAAGACAGCAACAUUAUGACUGGCAAACCGCAGCUCGCAUCACAUGACUUCUGGUCUUGCAACCAACUACAUUCCUCUGUUCACGGGACACCACUGCAAAUGCAUAAAUGUUUCAAGCCAAAGAUAUUUGUUACUCAACUUUCCUGCAACAUGGAUAAAAAAUCACAACAGUUUUGACCAAAAUAAACAUCACUUGUGCUCCAUGAAAUGUUAAAAUAACAGUGGAGCGUCUCCGAAGGAAUUCACUUAGUUUUUCCUCCUUUGAAUUGAAAAAAUACCACAUAGCACAAAUACCGAAUUAAAAUUACAUUUAAAUUUUAAUUCAUAGAGUUUAUUAGAUGCCAACUAGAUUACAAUUAAAAAAGAAUUGGCUUAGACUGCUACGCAACCAGUAUUUUAUUCCAAUUUCACAUGUAUGUCUUUAGGCUUGUUAGAAUAAGACUGUUUCUAGAAACUUCGGGCACCUCUUCUGCCAGGAGCCCGCUGAGAUGAGUGAGCGUGAGACAGAAGGAGGGGGUGAGAGGGCUUUGGAGGAAGUGUAAACCAAAAUACCACUUUAUCUUGAUGUGAAAUUAGGCUAACCACAACCCUCCAGGUCUGAGCUGCACACUAACACACUCGCACACACAUUCACUCACUCCAGGCUUUCACUGCUACUUAAAGAAAAAAACGGUAGUUAUUUAUAUUGAAUCCUGCUCUGCUCUAUUUUUCAGUGAACAGCUCUUUUGUCUGAAUACAUCCUGGCUUCUCUUUUGUCUGUACCUCCAUCCAUACCCUUUCCCAUUCCUAUUCUUUCUUCCUCGGUAACUCCAUCUCUAACACACACUUUCUCGCUCUGUUCAUCACUCAGCCUCAAAAGCACCAAAGGAGAUGUCAGAUCAGGCCGCUGCCCAUUUAUUCUGAACAUUCCUGGCAUUCCAGUUGCUAACCGGAAUUCUGCCGACACGGAUAAAACCAGUGAGCUUCAGACCCUAAAGACAUAACAGAGGAAAGACGCUCAGGAAGGGAGACGGAGGGGAAGUAUUUUAGGAGAAAGUGGCUGGCAGAAAAGGGGCAAUCGAGCUGCCGAGUUGUAGGACUCGUGGAUGAGAGCUGCAGAGGGGGGGGACCACUUUCAAGAUGUGACACAGGAAAGAAAUGGCUGCUCCUUCAGUGGUUUCAAACAGCAUGUAUCACUUUUUCGGAGAGUAGCUUUGUCUUUUUAAUAAAAGUACUUCUAUCUGACCCUCCGCUCUGCAUGUCUGCUGCAGCACCACAGUGAAAAAGAGAUCUGAGAGAAUUAGAGUAGUGCUGUUAGUCUUUGUUGAAAAUAAGACAGAUACUUCAGAGAGGAAGUGAGUGUGUGUGUGUGUGUGUGUGUGUGUGUGUGUGUGUGUGUGUGUGUGUGUGUGUGUGUGUGUGUGUGUGUGUGUGUGUGUGUGCUCAGGAAGAGGUCCUUUUGUUUUAAGGGGUUAAGGGUUACCAACAGUCUGUAAGAGCUGGCAACAGAUACAAGCAUGUGAGUGGCCGGCAUGUGAGUGCGACUGCCAGUGUGUGUGUGUUGUGUCUGUAGGUGGGGAGCUCGAGUAUCAAAGCAACAGGGGAGCAAGAAUUCAAACUAACUGCUCAACAUUUCCAUACACAUGGGCCAGCUGUGAGGAAUAAAAGACGUGGUCAUCUGUCAUCGCUCCAUCUUCACCUGCUGCGUAGCCCAGCAUCACUAGCUCGCUUACAGGCUGGCUUCACGCAGGGAAAAUGGGAUUUGACGCACUACUCCUGUUUAAGAGACAGACCAAAAAAAGAGAAUAACUGGACACAGAUGAUUUCCUCAGUCACAGCAAAACCCCAUCAGCCGUGUGCUGGCAGCACUUUUAUGUGCACGUCUGUGCUGUAAGUCACGCAUGAUAUUUGGCAGGUGUGGGAUACCAAUAUGUUUCAAAAGUGUAUCAGGGUUGUGCGAUAGUCAUAUUCCAAGUCAUCUAUCUCAGACACAAUUCACUCUCACACACAAACACACAUUAUAUUUUCAGACAACUCCAGCAAGCCGAAUGGUGAUUAGGUAACAUGUUAUUUUUCCAAUGUGCUUUGCUGUAAAAUGUAUAGUUACUGUACCAACACAGAUGUUAGAGCUUUUUAUGAAAUCAAAUUUCAUAUUUUGGGGGGGAAUAUUAAUGUAUGUGAGGGGUGUGUGUGCAUCCUGUGUCUGCCAGUUUGCCGGCGUUAUCAGCACAUUCCAUUGUUGCACGCUCCAAAAAGCUCAGUUUCCUCUUGUGGUUCUUGACAAUAGAACCAUGUGUAUUUCAAAGUCUGACGUUUAAACCUGCUUGUUUUUUUUACUCACACCAACUUAGAACAGCUAAGACCUUUGGGAACAUUUCAGAAUAAUCUACUUUCAAAAAUAUUUGCUCCAGAGUUUUCAGCCUGUCAUGUUUCAAAUCUGAGAAAUGAUUUUAGUUUCAACACAAAAAUGUCCUUUGUUGUAUUCAGAAAAAUAGUCUGUAUGAAGCAGUAUUCUUUUCCUAAAUAAUUUAUUGUCAUUCUCAGUUGUUUUAUUAAAAAUAUCAGCUUGGUUUUGAUAAAUAAAAUAUUUCUAUCA